AUGUCAUCUCGGGAGGGCGACGACGACAGGGACACACUCUCACGCUCCCUACAAAACACAUCCCUCUCCGAAAACAACCCCCCUUCUUCAUCUGUUUCAGCAGGGCAGGCUAAUAAUAAUACAAAGAGCCCACAGCCAACAGAGGCGAAUACCAUACCCCAAGAAGACUCUGCUGUCACCACAACCUCGCCACAAGAGUCUACAGGAAACAUCACCUUUGCUGACAUUCCCACAGCAGCUGGACAUACCGAAGAUGAAUCUGCAGAACCCACCCUGACACGUCGCAAGUCGUCCAUGUCCACCCUUGGUCGCCGGCUAAGCAGGAUCGCCUCGACGGAAAAACACGUCACCAUCAUUGACGAACCUUCGGCAGACACGGACAACGCAACUCAGCCCCAGGAGACUGACACCCCAGAGGACAAGGGCACGGAGGAAGAGUCCAAAAAGGAACUGGCCAAGAUCCUGAUGCAAUUUGAUCCGCUUGUCGAAGCUAAAGCUGUCGAGGGUAUAAACACUGUCAUUCCUGAUUCAGCAAACGACGAGGAUGCAGUAACAGAGACAGUUCUUUCCCGAGGAAUCCCCGAGGCCUCAUUAUCACCCGACAUAUCACUCUCCUCAGCAUCCUCACCCGGUACCCCUCAGCAAAUGGAUUCGCCAAGGACAACACACGAUGUCGAAGUUGUAAUGGCAGAGAGAGCCAGGUCUUCGUCGACAUCUUCAUCUAAGAAAAAGUCAGAACCACGACAAAAGAGCACUCUUUCACCCGAGACCUCAACCAGCAACAACAAUGAUCGGGGAACUGUCGGGAGUAAUAGCAGUCGGUCCGAGCCACCAAAGCCCAAGGACAUUCCAUUCGAUUUCCACAAGUUUCUGGAGCAGAUGCGGCACAGGAGCGCCACCCCCAUCACUCGAUACUUUCAAAGUUUCCUGAAGGAGUUUGACAAGAAGCCAUGGACAGUGAACGAGCAGAUCAAGAUCAUUCACGACUUUUUGGAGUUCAUUACAGGAAAGAUGGAGAUGUGCGAACUCUGGAGGAAUGUGUCGGACCAAGAGUUUGAAAACGUCAAGGAGGGCAUGGAGAAGCUCGUCAUGAACCAGCGGGAUGAAGUUUUGACACAAAAGAUCCAGAUCUUCCGCUGGAUUAAGCCUGAGCACUUGGACAUUCCUGACAACGCCCACAACGCAGCAUACCUCGACAAGGCUCAAGCUGAGCUGAAAAAGAUCAACAGUUACAAGGCUCCUCGCGACAAGGUCAUUUGCAUCCUGAACUGCUGCAAGUUCAUCUUUACACUCAUUCGCCGGUCAGAGGGCAACUCGAAGGGAGCAGAUACUUUCCUCCCUAUCCUCAUUUACGUGGUCCUACAAUCCAACCCACCUAAUCUUGUUUCCAACGUCCAGUAUAUCUCAAGGUUCAGGAAUCCGGACAAACUGCAGGCAGAGGCUGGAUACUACUUGGCAUCGCUGGAUGGUGCUAUUUCGUUCAUUGAGAACUUGGAGGCCAGCUCGCUGUCGAUUUCUCCAGCAGAUUUUGAUUCACAGAUCGAAAAGACCAUGACCGAACUCAGUCAGGAGAAGGCUAAUGCAGCUGCAGCUGCAGAGGCGGCCAAGUCACCAGCCAGCUCGGUUGUCCCUGAAACUGGAACUCAGGGCCACCGGAAACAGGACAGUAAACUAGCAACCCUUCUCGCGGGCACAGCUGCAACUCGUAACAGUCGGUCACGGCAGCCCAUCAACGAGAAGCAGUACCAACCCCCCACGGAGGCAACUCAGUUUUCGGAGAAGACACCUUCGCUCUUGCAGCAUCAUAGUAGUCGUGCAGGACCCGAGUCAUCGUCAAACUUGAACUAUUCUAGGUUGUCGCCUAUGCCUUCGAUCAGGAACCCUGCUGCGGCAUUGAUUGAGCGCGGUGCCAAUUUUGCGACAAAGACAAUACAAAAGCCGCUGGAUAUCAUUGAAAAGAUGUUCCAGGAUAAUGGCGAUGAGGAGGAUAUGGCCAAGCCCUACCCACCUCGGCCGACCCAGGAACAACACCAACAGCAACAACAGCAACAACAACAGUUUUACAAUGUCGCUACACCUCCAACCCUACCUCAGCGCCCUAUAUACGUUCCCCAGGGUGGCCAGCAGCAGCAAAGGCCUGCCAACUUGGAGCGUGACGACUCGUUUGCCGAAUUUGUGUACGUCCCAGCAGGGCAGACGGUCCAAGAGGUGUCGCCUCAACAGCCAGGAGGAUAUUACCAACAACAACAAGACGAAGAAUACCCCGGUAAUGUCCCCCAUACUCGUCAACGGACCUUCUCUGGCACCCAGCAGCAACUUCAACAACCUCAUCCACCGCAGCAACAGCAGCAACAGCAACUGAGUAUGGAGGAGUACUUGCAGGCGCUCGAGACUUUGACGGACAUGUUCCCGUCGUGCGAGCGGCAGGUCUGCGAUGUCAUCCUCCAGGCGAAUGAGGGUCGCCUCAGCCCCAGUAUUGACACUCUUCUUGAAAUCUCGUUCGCAAGUGAGAACAACAAUAACCAGGGCGACAACCAGACCAACAAUACCGAGAGCAACAAAUUUGGCCACCUGUAUCGCCUCACAGCGCUCUCUCACUCCCCCCCCGCAGACCCCAACGAUAUCAUCUACGUCAACUGUUACCAAGACACCAGAUAG